AAAUAAAAACUUUAGCAACUAGAGACGAAUCAGCUGUCGGUGUUCUUCAGAUUGGACAAAAACAUCACUUCCGGUGUUAUCCGGCGGGCUGGAUGAAAGCAGGAAAAACGCGCUCCAUCAUAUAUUCGCCUUAUACAGGCUGAUUUGUGUUUUUACUUACAGAUAACGGUAACAACGCGCUUUUAUCAAUUUAUAUAUGUAUUUUCCCUGAUAUUUAUAGAUUGUCGCUGUUGUUUUUGUUUGUUAAUCUUUCGGUGGUUGCUGAAUAAAAGGCGAAUUUUAGUUUCACAUUUCCACUGGACAUGGACCGUCCAUCUAGGAAGUCAAAGGUUGUGAACUACUGUGAAUUCAAAGACCUAGAUGAUGAUGAGGAUUUUGCCUGUGCAAAAGCACCGCCCAGCAAAAAGCCCAGAGAGGAAAUUAGACACGAACAGAAGAAAUCUUCAGGACGUUCCUCCAGUCAGGAUAAAAAUCUGAAAUCUGAUCAGAGCGAGAAAAGCAGGAAACCGCUGGAUGAGAAGUUGUAUGAAAGAGAUCUUGAAGCAGCCAUCACUCUUUCUUUACUCAAUAACUCAGAUGGUUUAAAGGAAUCCCCCAACACGGAGGUAAAAGUUCAAAGCCCGAUUGAUGAAAACACAGACCCAGCUUCUUUACUGUUGUCCAACUGCAGUGUUGAUGGAGCAGUUUUAGGCCUCGAUGAUAUCACAGUGGAGAAAGGAUCACCAGCCGCUGCCAAACUUAGAAAGACUUCGCCUAGAUCCUCUGAGCUGCAGAGAAAGAAGGACGAAGAUGAAGACUACAGACCCAAACAGGCGGCAGUUUCAGAGAGCGAUGAAGAUUUCAACGAGUCUGCUGAGAGCGAGGAUGAGGAGUUUACAGUGAAGAAAGCCAGCAAAGCUAAAAGGAAGGAGAAGGUGACCAAAAAAGACAAAACCAAACCAAGUCCUGCUUCCAGAAAUGAAAAGAAGCAAUCCAGAGUUUCUCAGUCCAAACCACCUGCAGCAGUUUCCACCCUGGGACGAAGCCCCCCAGCAGCCAAACUGGCCCCCAGUAGGCCAGCUUCCCUGAGCACAGCUUCCACUGUGAAGCCUGUCAGCUCUCUGAGCCCAGCAGGGGGCAGAAUCCCCAAGUGGAACCCACCAGGUAAGACCUGACUGUCCUCCCUGCUACCUCUCUGUCCUCAGAAGGUGAAUCUAAUUGUGUUUCUGUUUUUGUUCUUCAGCUCAUAUUGGGAAAAGUCCAAACUCAUCCCAGACUCCGGCUGUAAAGUCUCCCAGCGCCGGUCUGAGACUAGGACUGUCCCGCCUCGUCCGAGUCAAACCGCUCCAUCCGAGCCUUGCUACUCACUAGAUAAUCUGUCCUGUGUGUGUGGAUGUGUGUGUGUGUGUCGAUGAAUGCUGUCUAGAUUUUAAUCAAACCCUCAGAUGUAUUAAUUUCUGUGUUUGUUUAUUUUUUCAACUCAAACAGGAUGAUUUCAGAAAUAUUUUUAUUCUGUUUUUUAGCCUGUAGUCAGAUGUCUCUCAUCUCUGAUUCUAUUGAGUUUAGGUUUCAUGUAUCUUUGGAAAACCUUUGUAAUGCUUGUAUAUUCUGUACAGAAACACAAAAUAAAGUUCAAGGCAUUCAUUGCCGAUAUUGUG